AGGACUAUUAACUUUGACAGAUCAUUUCAAAAGCAAAGAAUAUCCAGAAAAUGUCAAGUUGCAGUACAUCCUUACUUUGAUAUUUUCAAGUUCUAUAUUUUCAAAAAGCAUAAGAAAUGACCGCGAAUGUAUUCGCGAUUAGUGUGAAAGCAUUAAAACCACAAAACGGGGUAGUUAGCAUCGCAUACGUAGGAUGUAGAAACUUUGGCACCGAAGACAAUGGCUAUGCAAACUUAUCUAAUUAUAAAAGAGGCACGGGUGGUCGAUCCAGUUUUAAUGGAAUUGUAGCUACUGUUUUUGGAAGUACAGGAUUCUUGGGCCGUUAUGUGUGCAAUCAGUUAGGCAAAAUAGGCACUCAACUAAUUUUACCAUAUCGUGGCGAUUGCUAUAACCCAAUUAGAUUAAAGCUAGUAGGUGAUUUGGGGCAAGUCUAUUUUCACCACUAUAAUCUCAAAGAUGAGGAAUCAAUAGCGAAAGCAAUAAAAUAUUCGAACGUUGUCAUAAAUUUAGUGGGACGCGACUGGGAAACCAAAAAUUUCAGCUUUAAUGAUGUUAAUGUGGAGGGAGCUAGAAGACUAGCCCGGAUAGCUCGGCAGUCUGGAGUAGAGAGGUUUAUUCAUGUAUCUGCAUUGAAUGCAUCCGAGACACCUCGAAGAGUGGUUCUUAAAGACGGAUCACGAUUUUUGGCCAGCAAAGCACGUGGGGAAAAGGCUGUGCUGGAAGAAUUCCCAGAAGCAACGAUAUUCAGACCUUCAGAUAUUUUUGGGCAAGAAGACAAAUUUAUCAGGUAUUAUGCCCACCAUUGGAGAAAGACAGGAGAAACCAUAGCCUUGUAUGAUAAGGGGGAAAAAACCAUUAAGCAACCCGUUUUUAUAAGCGACGUCGCUGCCGGUAUAGUUGCCGCCAUUAAGGACCCCGAUACUGCGGGAAAAAUAUAUCAGGCAGUGGGACCCAAAAGGUAUUUGUUGUCUGAAAUUGUGGAUUAUUUCCACCGGGUAAUGAGAAAAACCCAAGAAUUGGGUUACAAACGGACUGAUCUCAGAUGGGACCCUCUUUUCCAAUUAAAAAUUACAUUAACAGAUAAACUGUCACCCAAUUGGCCAAUCGGUCAACUGCAUUGGGAAAAAAUCGAACGGGAACAUUUAACAGAUGUUGUGGAGCCGGGUGUACUGUCCCUUGAAGACUUGGGAAUAAACUUGACCCAGUUGGAAGAUAGGGCGCCUUGGGAACUGAAACCGUUUAUGGAAGCACUUUAUUACGGGUUCGAACACAUAGAUGAACCAGUAGAAGAGGCUGAGCCCCCCAGGUCCGUUGCAUAGAGCUCGAUCUGUUAUCGAGUAGUUAUAAGGUUUAAUUGAAAUUAAUAAAAUAUAUAAAAUUAAAUACAUUUUUAUACAUUACCAUAGGCUACGACGACAGUUAAGGUUAUUU